GGGCCGCGAGGCAUGCCGCGCUCUCGUAGCUGGGCUGGAGUAGGUGCCCUUGGCGGCCCUGGCUCGGGCAGUAAGGGACUUGGCCCUAGGGAGCGUUGGAAAUGCUGCGACCCGCCCCCACAUUUUUGCCCGAACGAAGACCCUCCGGGCUUUCACGGCCCGGCCUUCUACAGCGGCGGGGGAGCCGCGGCCCCUCGCAGGGCUCUCCGCGCGGUCUCCGACUGCCCGGAGCCGAAGUGCAGGCUGAAACCUGUUGAGCUCCCCAUGCUACCACCCCGCCACCUCCACUCUCCUGGGGCGGGUCUAAGAGCUCUUCGCGGAAAUUCAAAGCACCACCACCAACGUUUGCAGAUGCUCUCCCUGCGCUGCGACCACCCUGUGCUUGGCCCAGGUCUCUCGGAGGCGUCCAGAGACUGGGCUCGUACAGGGGGACGGAAGAGGGUGCGCCCCAACGGAUCCCUUCUCAGCCUCUGGACUUGAGCUGGCCGGUCCGGGGCUUGCAGACCUCCGGGAGGACCUGCGGGGCUACGCGACGAUCAGGAGGCCAGGCCAGGGCAGAGGACCGCCGAGGGCCACCGCGGAAGGCGCAGUCGGCUGCGUCCAGGCUCGCGCCGGCGCGGGCGAAGGCUCCAAAUUGGGUAAGCUGUGGACGCAGCUCUGCGCAUGUGCAGGAGGCGCUGGAGUUUCACUUUGUAACUUUUAAGUGGUCGGAACACGCCCCGCCUGGCUGGGUCCCGCCAGACACGCCGCCGCCGCAGGAAAGUCUACAGGAUGGUACCCCAGGACUUGCUGGUCAGGAAAGCCCUGCAGGAAAUGAGUGUUAGUUCUGAGGCCUGGCCCUUCGCCGCUUAGGAGGUACUGGGGCUGCUUUUGCCUUUGCCAGAGACAGCUCCAACUGAGGACCUCCCCAACGGGUCCAUCCACAGUCCUUCCUUCCCCUAGCAUCUGGGAAGACAGGCACGAUGGCGGACUCCCCAUUCCUGGAGCUGUGGCAGUCCAAGGCGGUGUCCAUCAGGGAGCAGCUGGGCCUCGGGGACCAGCUCAAUGACUCCUAUUGCUACAACUCGGCCAAAAACAGCACCGUGCUCCAGGGAGUCACCUUUGGUGGCAUCCCCACUGUCCUGCUCAUAGACGUCAGCUGCUUCCUGUUCUUAAUCUUGGUGUUUUCCAUUAUAAGAAGAAGAUUCUGGGACUAUGGCCGCAUUGCUCUGGUGUCAGAAGCAGACAGCGAGUCCAGAUUUCAGAGAUUGUCAUCGACUUCUUCCUCAGGGCAACAAGACUUUGAAAAUGAGCUGGGAUGCUGUCCCUGGCUGACUGCCAUCUUCCGUCUGCAUGAGGACCAGAUCCUGGAAUGGUGUGGGGAGGACGCCAUCCACUACCUGUCCUUCCAGAGGCACAUCAUCUUCCUGCUGGUGGUAGUCAGCUUUUUGUCCCUGUGUGUCAUCCUGCCCGUCAACCUCUCAGGCGACUUGCUGGACAAAGACCCGUACAGUUUUGGGAGGACGACAAUAGCAAACCUGCAGACUGACAAUGACCUCCUUUGGCUGCAUACCAUCUUUGCCGUCAUUUACCUCUUCCUCACCGUGGGCUUCAUGCGGCACCACACUCAGUCCAUUAAGUACAAAGAGGAGAACCUGGUGAGGCGGACCCUAUUCAUCACAGGACUCCCCAGAGAUGCCAGGAAGGAGACUGUGGAGAGCCACUUCCGGGAUGCGUACCCCACGUGUGAAGUGGUUGAUGUCCAGCUGUGCUACAACGUGGCCAAACUGAUCUACCUGUGCAAGGAGAGAAAGAAGACUGAGAAGAGCCUGACCUAUUAUACGAACCUGCAGGUGAAGACAGGCCAGCGGACCCUCAUCAACCCCAAGCCCUGUGGCCAGUUUUGCUGCUGCGAAGUGCUGGGCUGUGAGUGGGAAGACGCCAUCUCUUACUAUACGCGGAUGAAGGACAGGCUGCUGGAGAGGAUCACAGAGGAAGAAUGCCACGUUCAGGACCAGCCCCUGGGAAUGGCCUUUGUCACCUUCCAGGAGAAGUCCAUGGCCACCUACAUCCUGAAAGAUUUCAACGCCUGCAAGUGUCAGAGCCUUCAGUGCAAAGGUGAGCCCCAGCCAUCCUCCCAUAGCAGAGAGCUCUGUACCUCCAAGUGGACAGUCACCUUUGCCGCUGACCCUGAGGACAUCUGCUGGAAGAACCUCUCUAUCCAGGGCCUCCGCUGGUGGCUACAGUGGCUGGGCAUCAACUUCAUCCUCUUCCUGGGGCUGUUUUUCCUGACCACACCCUCCAUCAUCCUGUCCACCAUGGACAAGUUUAAUGUCACCAAACCCAUCCAUGCGCUGAAUAACCCGAUCAUCAGCCAGUUCUUCCCCACCCUCCUGCUCUGGUCCUUCUCGGCUCUGCUCCCCUCCAUUGUCUACUACUCUACACUGCUGGAGUCUCACUGGACCAAGUCGGGGGAAAACCAGAUCAUGAUGACCAAAGUCUACAUAUUCUUGAUCUUCAUGGUGCUGAUCCUGCCCUCCCUGGGUCUCACCAGUCUAGAUUUUUUCUUCCGGUGGCUCUUUGACAAAACUUCCUCGAAGGCUUCCAUCAGGUUGGAGUGUGUCUUCCUGCCUGACCAGGGCGCCUUCUUUGUGAACUACGUCAUUGCCUCGGCCUUCAUCGGCAAUGGCAUGGAGCUGCUGCGGCUGCCAGGCCUCAUCCUCUACACCUUCCGCAUGAUCAUGGCCAAGACGGCUGCCGACCGCAGGAAUGUCAAGCAGAACCAGGCCUUCCAGUACGAGUUUGGAGCCAUGUAUGCGUGGAUGCUGUGUGUCUUCACUGUCAUCAUGGCCUACAGCAUCACCUGUCCCAUCAUUGCGCCAUUUGGCCUCAUCUACAUCCUGCUCAAGCACAUGGUGGACCGGCACAACCUCUACUUCGUCUACCUCCCAGCCAAGCUGGAGAAGGGGAUCCACUUUGCUGCUGUGAACCAGGCCUUGGCAGCCCCCAUCCUAUGCCUCUUCUGGCUCUACUUCUUUUCCUUCCUGCGCCUGGGUAUGAAGGCCCCUGCCACUCUGUUCACCUUCCUGGUGCUGCUGCUCACCAUCCUGGUCUGCCUGGCUCACACCUGCUUUGGAUGCUUCAAGCACCUCAGCCCUCGGAACUACAAAGUAAAGACAGAAGAGCCUGCAAGUGACAAAGGAAGUGAGGCAGAGGCCCACAUGCCUCCACCGUUCACGCCCUACGUGCCUUGGAUUCUGAACGGCUUGGCCUCGGAGAGGACAGCACUGUCUCCGCAGCAGCAGCAGCAGCAGACCUACGGUGCCAUCCACAACAUCAGCGGGACUAUCCCUGGACAGUGUUUGGCACAGAGCUCCAUGGGCAAGGUGGCUGCUGCCCCACAGGAGGCCUGAGGCCGGGUCUCACUGCUCUGAAAAGACACAACCAGAAUGGCCUGGGGCUCAGGCCCUUGGCUGAGCGGGAAUGUGUUGGAACUGCCCAGCUGAGCCAUCAGGUGCCCAUCUUUUCUGGUCCCAGCAGUGGUGAGGGGAGCACAUGCAGGCCUCACCCCUACCUUGCUCACCCAGUUCCCCCUCCGGCACAAGCUUGCGGCUCUGCAGCUGGGGUGACAUCCCCAGUGGUUUGUCGCCAAGACCAUGUGGUAGACUUUUUGCCCCCCAAACUGAUGAGUCUGGGAGAAUAUAUGGAGAGAGAGAUGUAACAAGGGGAAGGCCUCCUCCCUUCUGAGCACACACACAACCGACAACCAAAGAGAUUCUGCAGUCCAGGUCUGAGAUGAGCUGGCGUCCAGCUCCCCGCUCCAUGGCCAGUCCCUCCCCAGCCCGGCAGCCCCUCCAGGCUACACCCAGGAGUGAGCUAUGGGGAGCAGGCUGGGAGGCGGCCAGUGCUCCUGCCAGCUGUGCACACACCUCUGUAUCCCACUACAGUUCUGUAUUUUUGUAUCAUGUUGUCAGGGACACCCCAUAACAGGCAGGGACAAGGACCACUCAUAAUGUGCCCACUGGACCACAGUUAAGAUCCAGCCUCUCCCACCUCUUCAGGGCUGAGUGCAUGAGUCUGCACCUCCAGGCAGGCUCUGUGCAGUACUCACCCUCUGUCUGCUCCCUGCAAGGUGUGGGGGUGGGCAGUGCUCAGGGCCUCCUCGGAACCAAAGGACAACGUGGUCGGCACAGAGGAGGGGGUGCCUGGGCUGGGUGCAUCCCAUUGCCCUUGAGCUGUGGCUCUGGCAGGAAGGAGGGGCUGUCCCUCUUCUCCCUCCUGGAGAGUCCAGGGGAUGGGAUGCAACUUAAGACUUCUGCCUGAGAAGCUUCCUCCCGGAGAAGCCUCCUCCCUGCUACCUCCAGGGGGCACCAAGGGACAAGCCUGUGCAGUGGGGGUGGGAGGGGGUGCGGAAGAGCAGGUCCAGGCUCCUUCCAGCCCAACUGGGCCAGGGCCUUGGCACCUCUGCAGGCCCUGCCCGUGCCUGUCCGCUGACCUGGUGGGCCUGGGCUUUCUGACUCAGGGACCCUGUUGAUGCUGACUUGCGCCUGCAGUGGCGGCCAAUGCUGCCUCUGCUCCAAACUGCCCCCGUGCUGGGAGGGGUGGGGGCGGUGCCAUGGGUCUGGUGCAGCACAGCCCUGGCCAGUGGCCUCAUCCCCAAUGGGCCUCCUGUGCCUCUGCCAGCAAGGAGGAGCCUGCCAGCUCUGCUUGGACAGGGGACACCAUGUGGGGUCAGGGCAUGCUUAUGUCACUGGGUUCCAGCCGCUGUUAGAAGCAAAGUCAUUUAUCAUCAA